CGCCUCCUCGGUGCGCGCCCCGCCCCCUCGGGCUGCGAUACGCCGAGGGCUCAACAUCCGAGGACUUUGGCCCAGAGUAACCCCGUUCAGGUGACCUUUCCCCUCCAUUCCGCACCUUAAGCAGCGGGCCCCGCGCGCCGGCUGCGGUUGGGUGCUCGCUCUGCUCCCUCGGGGCCCGCUCCCUCGGAGCUUCCGCGCACCCCUCGCUGCCCCUCCGCGCGGCUCUCCGUCAUGGCGGCUCUCAGCAAGUCCAUCCCUCAUAACUGCUACGAGAUCGGCCACACUUGGCACCCUUCCUGCGGGGUCUCCUUCGUGCAGAUCACCAGGGGCGCUCUGGAGGAGUCCCUGAAGAUUUACGCUCCCCUGUACUUGAUUGCAGCAAUUCUCCGGAAACGAAAAUUAGACUAUUAUUUACACAAACUACUCCCUGAGAUCCUACAAUCUGCUUCAUUUCUGACUGCUAAUGGGGCCUUGUAUAUGGCUUUCUUUUGCAUUUUAAGGAAGAUACUUGGAAAAUUCUACUCUUGGAGUCCUGGCUUUGGUGCCGCUUUACCAGCAUCUUAUGUGGCCAUUCUGAUUGAAAGAAAAAGCAGGAGAGGGCUGCUCACAAUUUAUAUGGCCAAUUUGGCCACAGAAACACUAUUUAGAAUGGCAGUAGCAAGAGGAACGAUCACAACGUUAAGAAAUGGAGAAGUCCUUUUGUUCUGCAUCACAGCUGCCAUGUACAUGUUCUUUUUCAGGUGCAAAGAUGGGUUGAAAGGAUUUACAUUCUCCGCUCUUAGGUUUAUUGUAGGGAAGGAAGAAAUUCCCACACAUUCUUAUUCACCAGAAGCAGCAUAUGCAAAAGUGGAACAAAAGACAGAGAAACAUGAAGAAAAGCCAAGAAGAAUGAAUAUAAUUGCUCUAAUCAGGAAACUUGUGGAUUCAGUAUGUAGGCAUGGACCAAGGCAUAGAUGCUGCAAACACUAUGAAGAUAAUUGCAUCUCUUAUUGCAUUAAAGGUUUCAUCAGAAUGUUUAGCGUGGGCUACUUGAUCCAGUGCUGCCUCCGAAUUCCCUCUGCUUUCAGGCAUGUUUUUACACAGCCAUCCCGGCUAUUUUCUCUCUUCUACAAUAAAGAAAACUUCCAGCUCGGAGCUUUUCUAGGCUCUUUUGUUAGUAUAUACAAGGGUACUAGUUGCUUCCUGCGCUGGGUCAGAAACCUGGAUGAUGAACUGCAUGCUGUUGUAGCUGGAUUUUUGGCAGGAGUAUCAAUGAUGUUUUAUAAAAGUACGACAAUUUCCAUGUAUUUAGCUUCCAAAUUGGUGGAGACAAUGUAUUUCAAAGGCAUUGAAGCAGGAAAGGUUCCCUAUUUUCCCCAUGCAGAUACUAUCAUCUAUUCCAUCUCUACAGCAAUUUGCUUCCAGGCAGCUGUCAUGGAAGUUCAGACCUUGCGGCCGUCUUACUGGAAGUUCCUUUUAAGGCUCACCAAGGGCAAAUUUGCUGUCAUGAACCGAAAAGUCCUCGAUGUUUUUGGUACUGGUGCAUCUAAACACUUUCAGGAUUUUAUCCCUAGGUUGGAUCCGAGAUAUACGACUGUAACACCAGAGUUGCCCAUCGAGUUUUCUUGAAGAUGACUGUAAUUUAUUAAUGUGACCUAAUGUUUCAUUAUUUUCUUCUGAAGAGUCAAUUAUGUUGAAUCGCAAAGAAGGAGUCUUGAGCUUGAACUUCAGUGUUAUUUCAAUGAGAGUUGCUCUUUGUUUGUUUGUUUUUCUUACCAAUCAGAAGUACAGAAGCUUUUUAGGAAGGUGUUGCUUAAUAAUUAAGCACCCUUCCGUAGCCGGAAUCUGAUUCUGGGACACUGUAGUGGUUGACAUGAUGCUAUAUUGUUGAUUAAGUUAUGUCCAUAAGCAAUCUUAAAUAAUCUAUGUAGAAAUGUAGUAACAAGAAUAUACUUAAAAUUACUUUAAAAGAUGUUUUUAGUUCAUUCCAAUAUAAUUCUUGGUUAAAACUAAGAAUAUUUCUACAUUUUAGGAUACAAAGGAUCACGGGUACAUGGAUUUGGUCUGUAUUUUUUUUUUUUUUUUUUGCUUUUGAAUUGGUAACUAUAGUAGUAAAAUGUAUGGAUAUGAAGUAACUCUUCACAGACAAUGCUGCUUUAGUAUAAAGCAAUUUAAUUGAAGAAGGUGGCCGUUCUUACUUCAGGGAUGCAAAGACGGGUCUUAUGCUGUUUGAAUAAAUGUGGUGGUAUCCCUGUCUUCUUCCGCUGAUGAUAGCUUCAUCUCUCUCCAGGAUGAGUUGGGCUGUCUGGCAGCCCAGUGAACCUAUGUACUAAUGGCAGGUUAGAAGUAAAUGGAAAUGGACAUACCUGAUGCAAUUGAAAUGUGUGUUUUAAUCUUUUGCAGAAGCAUUUCACUUGAAUAUUUAAAAGCUAAUGAGGUUGUUUCUAAACCUCUUGUGGGUUUAUGAUGUUUGUUUUCAUUUAUUAGGACUGAAUUCUUCAUGGCUAAGGUUGUCUGCCAUUGUAGAUUUAGAAGGGAUCCCAAGUGGUUUUGGCAAGUUUGUCAUUUUGUUCCCUUUCGACUGUUCUACCUACACAAUGGAUAUUUUACAACUACAAACAAUGUAAAAAUCCGGUUGUUAAAAAAGGCCAUUUCAUCACUAACGGGAUUCAGGUUCUCGAGCCUCUUUUCAAAAACUUAUUGUCACCAUUUUUAUUCCUGUUAGAAUAAAAGAAGUGACAAAAUGGAGUCACUGUUGAUUAUAAGUUCAGGACAGCUGUGAUUGAAAUAUGAUUACUCUUUAGAGUAUUUCAGGGAAAAGUUUUACUUUUCUAAGUUGAUAAAAGGCUUAAUUGGUUAUGAUGUCUAUAGUUAAUAUAACAAAUAGGGAUGAUGGUAUAUUUUUUUAAUAUCAUUUUGUUGCUGUAAAGUUUUAGGCCAUUGUAAAUUAAUUAUACAGUAGAACUUGUGUCGCAACGAGGAUUAUAACCCAGACUUUAAAAGUGCUUGAUCCUCCAUAUUCAAUUUCAUCAAGCCCUGUAUAUUUCUGUUUACAUGUAAUCCUAUCCUUGGUGGUUAAUGGCAAAUUGAAACCCAACGAAAAGACAGACUCUGGUACCAUGGUAACAGAGAGAGCCACUUUAAUUAGAUCAAAAUUCUGCAUUGUGAUUAACUUCUUGGAAUUGACUUCUCUAUUAGAUAAUACUGUUAAGGCAUCGUUUUGGUUUCAGACUUCAAAAUUCAUUAAUAAAUUAAGUUUUAAGUUUUUAUUCACUGGAAUCAAAAUGACAAUUGGUACUGUGUUUACUUUUAAAAAUGAAGUAUUAUAGCAGUGUAGAAAGCACUGCUUCCUGCCCCUCAUUUUCUUUAUUUAGAAAUUAUGUUUAUAAUUUUUUCCUGCCUGCUUUAAAGAAAAGCAUUUUAAUUUGUAAGUUACUGAUUUUAUUAAUAUUAAAAAGGCUAUGAUGUUAAAAGACAAAUCUACUGAAAUUCGAUGAGAUUGUUCAGUAAAGUUUUACUGUCAAAAGGCACAUUUCUAUGAUUUACUUUUUUCUCAAACUAGUCAUGUUUUAAUAUAAAAUGUAAAAUGAAAUAACCAUCAUGAAGCAUCAUGAAUACAGUAAUGCACGUAUAGCUUGGGCAAAUAGUCACCUAAUUUGCCGUGGUGAAAAGAGAAGUCUGAUUUGAUUUCACUGAGGCAGCCUGCAAAGUGUAGCUAUUUGAGAAAACAAGAGACCGUUCGUGUUCCUGAAGACAAUCAAAAUGGGUAUCUUUCUACCUCUAACCAAUCAGCUUGGCACCAUAAAUAAAGCCAAAUAGAUGUCCUUUCCAAAAUGUGUUUUUUAGUCCAUUUAUACCCUGAAGACAUCCUGCUAAUGGUAAGUUUCCAUCAGAACUGACUGCAGGAAACCUGGAUACGCCCCCUUAGCUUUUCCCACAUCUUUUUGGAGUCUGGAAGACAGUGCGUUGGUCUGGGCAUCUUAUUAUGGUGGUUUCAUUGCUAUUUCCUGCGUGAAUAAAAUCCUAGAGGUAGUACUAACCCAGUUAAGACUGAGUUUGCAAGAUAACAGAUUGUCUCCAAUCUAUUAGAUUCUUGCCAGUUUCUCAUCAGAUAGUUUGAGUCCAUUUUAGUACUCAUGUCCGAAAUAAAACCAUGUUGUUGUUUCACAAAUCCUACGGUCACUUCUGUAACUUUUGUCUUGAUCUCUGGACAUGGUUGUCACUUGGUUGAUUUCUAGUUUAUUUUUGGCCUUCAUUUGUUGCUUAGUCCGUGGUUAUUUAAUUUAGAAUUCUAUCUUUUUACUCUUUGCUCUCAGAUUUUAUAAUUUAUUAUUGUUUUGUAUGAUGAACAUGUCUUGUAUGAUGAAACCUGAACUGGCCAGUUGUCACAGCAUUUUCCUGUCAAGCUUGUGUAUUUCCUUGUGGAUUGCGUCUAAGCUAACACUUGAUUUUGUCAUUAAGAGCUACAAAAUUGUA